UAAGUAACCUUCUAUUAUCUGAAACUGUCGAUAAAAUUUUAUUCUGAUGCGUGUCCGUGCUAAUACCACAAAUCGUGGAUAAAGAGAAAUAUAUAUUUAUUAAAAGAAACAAAUACAAAGAAACUAAGCACGGAAAAAGACCGCUAUCAAGAUUCUCUCUGUUCAUUUUUUUCUCGGAUAUCUAAACACCAUCUACGCGGUCUCGUAUGAAGAGAGGAAAAGCAGGGAAGAAAGAUCGAGAGAGCGACGAUGAGCAAAUGACUUCAACGUCGAAUCGCAGCGCUAAGCAACGUCCGUUUUGAGAUGGAUGUGGAAUCCCGUAGCCAUUCGAUUUUUGGCACUGUCGGUACAUCGUUUGUUGACUCGGCGAUAAUCUUCGUUUGCCUCGAUCAGCAGUUAUCAUUGAACGUUACUUAUCAGAUAACUCAAUUUAUUUACAAAAGAAAAAGAAAAUUGGUUUAUGUUUGAUUAAAUCAUAGAUGUAAUAUUCAUACUAUCUUCAUGAAUUUUAAAUAUGACAGCGGCAUAUUAUCCGCGCAUCAUAUUGCGUCAUAUUCAUUUUCGUGUUUUUGUUUACAGUGACAUAAUCGAGAAAUAUCAGAAAAAUAAUAUUUGAGGGAAAGACUGUGCUCUCGAUAUGAAAUAUCUUUCUGAAGAAACUGUUUAAAAAUCACCUGUAAUUUUGUGUGUUUGUUAUGCUACAUGAACUAUAGUUGACUUGAUCAACAAUUUGUUGACACAUUGUAAGGGUACUUUUCUCUUUCGUUUGCCACAUGUAACGAAUGUGUAAAGCAUGCCUGGAGGCAGACGAAACGCUGUCAGUCGAACUGGACCGACCACCCGAUCUAGUAGUGGUAAUGCUAGCUCUGUUAGUGCUAAUGGAAGAAGCAAUAGUGGAGAAAGAGCAAACACUAAUAAUACAGAUGAUAAAAGAUUGGAAGAGAUUUAUAGUGGAAGAUCUUUGGCACCAAAGCACAUUCCUAUACCUGUGGUACCAGUCGAUGGGCAGUUGAGCUUUGAGGCUUUAUCCUUGGUCGUCUCGAUCAUCGCAGCUUGUCUGCAGUUGCUCAAUCUGUAUAGAACUGUAUGGUGGCUACCAAAUUCAUACAAUGGUUAUAGUAUGAACUUCUAUCUAAUAGAUCCCUAUCUACUUGUAUUUAUUUUUACUAUGGUGGCACAUCAAUUUCUUCAUACAUUGUUACGUCAGAUUAUCGAUGUUUCAUUACCAAUUCAAUCAGCACCAACAAAAUUAGCAAUCCGAAAUAUUAUAAGCUCAUCUUUAUCACUUGCUGUGAAGAGUGUACUAGUCUGGUGCCUCUAUCAUAUGGCUGAGAGGCACAAUUCUAUGAAGAUUUUUUAUCUAUGUUAUCCAAGUUUGUCAAUAUAUUUCGUUAUGUUUGGAAUAAAAACAGCACCAUUUCUCGACAUGUUUUCAUGUGGAAAAGAAGAACGGAAAACGAAAUAUAUAUUAGAUAAACCUUUACACAACUGCUCAUUGAACGCGUCAGCUAUCAGAGCAGAAGUAUCUACUUUAAGAUCCGAUUUCAACAGACGAUUAAAGCGGGCUUUAUUUUCGUCUUCCGGUAGCGCAUACGUCUGUGUAGUCGCGCCUAUUAUUUUCGUACCUCCACACUUACAUUUCAACGUAUUAUGGGUGGUACAACAUGUAAUCCUGUUCUGGCUCGGAAGAAUAUGCGCGUACUUUGCUCAAGUUUAUCCUUUUAGAUAUUGCGACGAACUGCACAGGGCAGCAAUGCACUUAGGUCGAUGGAUUAAAAUAGAAAAUCUCGAUAAUCACAUACAAGUCCAACCAUGGAACGAUGCAGUAUUAUGGCCUCAUGGAUCGAUCGUAGAGCACAAUGAAGAAAUUUAUCGUUCCGAGGGUUUGUGUACAGCAGCAGAACCGGGUAAUUCAAACCACUCGAGAUUUUACGUUUUAUUUAAUAAUCGUGUAACGCUGCUAAGUCCAAUACUGGCAUUGCAAUUAUUGUUGGUGAAUAUUCAAUUAUUUAUUCUAUUAGGCGUGACCGAAUGGUAUCAAAUAUUAUCGACGAUAUUACUAUUAGUUAUACAUUAUUAUACUUUGUUCAAAAUGGCUAGGGAUUUUCUAAUAUCUUGGAAAGUGUACCGUGCUGAACAAAUAAUUCAAGAAAAAUCUCAAAUGGUUGUAAAUCCAAUUGCUCAAUAAAAUGCAAAAGCAUA